AUGCUACCCGUGAGACAGCCGACUGCUAAACGGACGGGACAGCUGGUUUUCCAGUUUGUGCGCGGAAAAAGGACCAAAAGCAAGGGUACGCUGGCUCCUGCAAUUCAAAGAGCUGUUACUCAACUGAGCGUGAUGUCUGCGGGUAGAAAGCAACCAAAAAUGCUAAAACUGUCGCAAGAAGACUAUAUCAAGCACCAAACGAUUCAGACUUGCUGGGCCAUGUAUCAGAAAGAGCUGCGCGACAAGCGCAAUGAACAACUCAGACUUCAAUAUAAAAGCACGGAGGCGGCCAUGGAACUGCUGCAGAAACUAGAUCCCGAACUUUUCGAGGCGGCUAACGCUUCCGAGGCUGGAAAGCGGUUUCCCCUAGAGCUGAAAGUGCCCACGGAAUUUCCUCCUAAGAAAAUUUGGUAUUACAACUAUAAAGUCAAACAAGAAUAG